AUGAGCAGUGUCGCCCCAGUGGUGAAGUUACUAGACAGUGAAUUUAAAACGGGUAGUAAGCUCCAAGGCAGGGAACAGCCGGAUGUGGGAGGCCCAAGACAGAAAGAAGUGGAGGAUUCUGGAAGAGGCCUUUGCCUCCUAAGGGUUCUGGCUGACCUCAAAGCCUGCCACCUACUGCUGUGCAUGGAUUGCCAAGUGAAGAUGCUGUCCAUACACCAGUUCCAGAAGACGGCAAUCCAGGGCAUCAGGAACCUCAAAUAUCUGCUCAGUAAAGUCAAUAUUGCACCAUCUUUUGAACCAAUUGUAAUAGAGGAUGAAGAUGUCAAACCUGAUAUGAUAACUAUUAAAAUAGAACCAGGAACAAACGCAGGCAACGAGGCCACCAGCGUUCCGACACCGCAAGAUUUAAAUCUACUGGAUGAGAAGAAUGUCAAAAUUGAGCCGCAGCAUCCACCUGAAACAGUGCCUUUGGCUCAAACUGCGGGCGGUUCAGGAUCGGCAGUCAGUUGUGAGUCUGCCCGUCGUGAACCAGGCACUGAACCAACCACAACCACCUCGAAUACUAAAGCAAUUCAAACUGUGAAGAAGAGAAGAAUAUCAAGGAAUCCCGCAAACACAGCUAAAACAGGGAACACGGGGAAAUACCGGCACCAGGAUUUUGAGGGGCAGCGCGCGGUAAGCAAGAAUAGAUUAGAAUAUAAUAAAAAACGUUAUAAAAUUAAGCUCCGUACGAAACCCACACCGCUGCCGUGUCCGCACUGCGACCAAAAGUUAAGUCACGCCUGCAGCUUGCGAGCGCAUAUUAAUAGGAAGCACAAGGCGGAGCCCUCGAAGUGCGACGAGUGUGGUGCGACGUGUCGCAACGCCGAAGCUCUUCGCCACCACAAGGAUACUCAUAAAAAGGAGCAGGACAUAGACACCUUGAAUCUGGAGCUGUUCUGCGCUGAAUGCGCCAUGCACUUCCCGAGCCGCAGCGCCUACGACACGCAUCGACUUGCGCUCAAACACACGCCCAGGGAACAAUACUCCUUCGAAUGUCAAGUGUGCCAGAAGAAGUUCCCGAAAGACAGGACGCUGCGGCAACAUAUAGACGUCCAGCAUCUCGGCCUGAGAAAACACAAGUGUAAUGUUUGCGGCAAAGUGUACGCACGCGGGGCUACCCUGGGACAGCACAUGAGAACGGCGCACGAGAAGCGUGCCACGCGGGUCACUCACGUGUGUGACCUGUGCGGGAAGGCGUUCAAGGUCAAAAGAAGUCUGACAGAGCACUUGCUGACGCACCAGGGCCUGCGACCGUACCAGUGCACACACUGCCCCGCUACCUUCUCCUACAACGCCGCCCUCUACAACCACACCAACGCCAAACACCUCAACAAGAAGAGGAGGAAACAGGGCAGACAAGAAACGGGAGAAACAGAGAAAGAAGAUUAAUAAAACAUAUGACAGCUGUCAAAAUUCGACAGGUGAACAAAUCUGCUGUGGCUGAGCAUUGACGACCGGUUUGGCCUAGUGGGUAGUGAUCCUGCCUACGAAGCUGAUGGUCCCGGGUUCAAAUCCUGGUAAGGGCAUUUAUUCGUGUGAUGAGCAUGGAUAUUUGUUCCUGAGUCAUGGGUGUUUUCUAUGUAUUUAAGUAUUUAUUAAUAUUUAUAUAUUAUAUAUAUCGUUGUCUAAGUACCCUCAAUACAAGCCUUAUUGAGCUUACUGUGGGACUUAGUCAAUUUGUGUAAUAAUGUCCUAUAAUAUUUAUUUAUUAUUAUUUAUUUAUUUAUAAAUCAGUUGUUGUUAAAUACAAGGUGCCCGUGAGCAUUGCGAGACAUUUUAACUAAGCAUUCCUGGUAAUAUUUAGAAACUUCUCUGGAGUUGACGGUGUACAUAGGCUACGGAGACUGCUUACCAUCAGGCAGGCCGUAUGCUUGUUUGCCACCGACGUAGUAUAUAAAAAUAAAAUAAAAUGUCAUAUAAAAUUUUCAGGAUUAGGACUAGUUUAAAUUGUUUUUCGAAAUCAUUCUUUCGCCAUAAGUCGGUACAAAACACAUUUUUGACUGCGGUAUUGCCACUUUGAGGUCUAGUCUGGACAUACCUAUUGAUUGACAUCGAAAAAUUAAAAAAAUGUAUUCGAGAGGCUACCCCCAAAUAAAAAAAAAACUUUUAAGUUAAUUUUAGGUUAUGUGUUUAUCAAUAAAAAUUACGUUUUAUGUACAGGAGUGUUCAAAAAAAGGGGAAAGAAAAAAAAAAUUUUUUUGUCGAAUUUCACAAAAAGUCAUAUAACAUUUUUUGCUUCUGUUGCCAUCAGGAAUGCACCGUUAAAAUCUUUCGCAAUGCUCACGGGCACCUUGUAUAUAUUUUCAUUGUAUAUUUAUUUUCUUGAUGAACAGGAAUAUAUAUAUUAGUAGUAAUAAAACAAUUUAUUAUACAAAGGCGAAACGUAUCCCUUUAAGCAAUUGAGGAUGAAUUUGAGAGAAAAAAAAGAUCAUUAAAUAUUAUCAGAAAUCUACCUCGAGUGUUUACAUUCCCCACCUCAGAUAGACCGUAUAUAUUUUACAAUAGGCAUCCGUAUUGUACAAAAUGGCGCAAAAAAAGUUUCUAGUUACAUUUUUAAUCAAUGAUUAAAAAGUUUCUAAAAGGUACCCAUAAUGAAUUAUAACUUUGCCAUGCGUCACUUGUGACAAUUUCGAGCAAAAGUAAUAUAAAAAAAAUCUUUAGAUGCUGUAACAUGAGACAGAAACCAUACUAGUGCGAUAUAUGCAAUUGCUACGAGGGCGUUGGAUCGUAUUAGCAAUUCACGUACAGUCAGCUGCAAAAAUAUGUAUCGAGAGAAUCGUCUCAUAAAUAUGGUACUACGCUCUUAUUAAACUGGAAUAAGAUGCUAUGGGACAUAUUUUUGAGUAAGAUGUGUACACCCAUAUUUUUACACUUGACUGUACAGCGCUGCACUCUACAACCACAACAACAGGGGAAAAAGAAACUGACACUGUACAAGAAGAUUCAAAUACAAAUUUUAAUUGUAUACUAUUAGGACAAAUUAAAUAAUUUUUUAGAAAAUA